AAAACAACACAACCAUUCUCAUAUUAUUACACGAUCAUCGUUCUUUUCAUGGCUUAACAUUUUCUUUGUAUUUCACGUAUGACUUCAAUAAUAUGAAAUAUUUUUCUUCUUUCACUUACAUUACUGUAGCAGCUUAUUUGUCCACCUUCUUCUGAAAAUAUUCAUCGAUUCAAUCCGGCCUUAGUCCUUAAAACUUUUUUAAUUUUUAUUUUUGUGUUCAACUGUCGAAAAAUGGGGAACGAGAAAGAAGUAGCACGAGACCUUGAGAAAAAACCGCACUCAGUGAAACUCAAGUACGUCAAGCUUGGUUACCACUACUUGAUCUCAAAUGCCAUGUAUCUUUUCCUUCUUCCGAUCAUCAUAGCCCUAGGUCACCUCUCGAUCGAAGACAUUGCUCAACUCUUUCAACAGUUUGAACUCGGCCUAGUCUCCGGUACACUCGUCUGCACAGCCCUUACCGUUUGCCUCGUCACGCUGUACUUCUCAUGGCGCCCUCGCGCCGUUUAUCUUCUCGACUUCUCCUGCUUCAAGCCGGAUCCCUCCCUAAUGUGCAGUCGUGAGACUUUCAUGCGGCAGCUUGGAAAAGCCACCUCGUUCAGCGACGAUCUUCUGAAGUUUAACCAGAAAAUCAUUGAGAGAUCCGGGUACGGACAGAAGACAUACGCACCGAAGGCCGCACUGGAGGACCCGCCGAUAGCAACGAUGAAGAAGGCGAGGGAGGAGGUUGAGAUGGUGGUAUUUGGGGCUAUAGACGAGUUGUUGGCCAAGACCAGAGUUAAUGUCAAAGAUAUUGGAAUUUUGGUCGUCAACUGUAGCUUGUUCAAUCCUACACCAUCUCUGUCAGCCAUGGUUGUUAACCGUUACAAGCUUAGGGGGAACAUUUUAAGCUAUAGUCUCGGUGGGAUGGGAUGCAGCGCUGGAAUUAUUGCUGUCGACCUUGCCAAACGUUUGUUACAGGAACAACCCAACACGUAUGCGCUAGUGGUAAGCACAGAGGCCAUGACCCUGAACUGGUACGACGGCACAAAUAAGUCAAUGCUCAUAACCAAUUGCCUGUUUCGCCUUGGCGGUGCGGCAGUUCUCCUAACGAACAAAUCCUCUGAACGCCGUCGUUCCAAGUAUCAACUGAUGCACACCUUACGCACACACAAGGGCGGCGACGACAAGAGCUACCGUUGCGUGAUGCAACAAGAAGACGAUGAAGGACACAUUGGCGUCAAGCUCUCGAGGGACCUACUUCCGGUGGCUGGAGACGCAAUCAAGACUAAUAUCACCAUGUUAGGCCCCUUAGUCCUCCCUAUAUCGGAGCAAAUCCUCUUCUUGGCAAAUCUUGUGGGGAGAAGAAUACUCAGGAUGAAGAUUAAGCAGUACGUGCCUGAUUUCAAGCUAGCUUUUGAACACAUUUGUAUCCACGCAGGUGGUCGAGCUGUCCUUGAUGAGAUCGAGAAGAACCUUGAUCUCACCAAAUUGCACAUGGAAGCUUCCAGAAUGACCCUUUACAGGUUCGGAAACACUUCUAGUAGCUCUCUCUGGUAUGAGUUGGCUUACACUGAAGCCAAAGCUAGGGUCCGGAGGGGAGACCGUGUUUGGCAAAUCGCGUUCGGAUCGGGUUUUAAGUGUAACAGUGCGGUUUGGCGGGCAAUCCGGUCAGUCAAUCCGGCAAAGGAGAAGAAUCUCUGGAUUGAUGAGAUUGACGACUUUCCAGUUACAGUGCCAGAAUUGCAACCCGUUCUAGCGGAAUAAUAAUAUGUUUACUAUUACUAGGGAAAGAAUUGGUGCACCAGUAAUAAUAGAGUUUGAGGUCUCCUGUUUUGAUGCCUGAUGGCAUGGUGAUAUGUCAUAAUCACUCAUCAGCAUUCACUAUAGGCCAAAUUGUAAUUUUAAUUUUAUGUUGCUUUUAUCUUCUUCCCUUUUUUUUUUGGUGUACUUUGUGUGGUUGUCCUCGAUCGGAAGGGCUCAUGUGUUUGGGACUAGUACUAGUAAAACGUGCGUUUCAUAUUGUGUGCAUGUAUUUAUUUAUUAGAAUAAUUAUCAUAUUUCAAGCUA